UUCGGCGCUCUGCUACGCCCGUACCGUUAUUCGGGUCCAAGUGCAGGUCAUAAGCGACAUUUCCAUAAAUACUGGAGAGGACUGGACUCUUGUGUGGUUUAUAAACGCUCCGGAGGAAUCAGAAGGAGCUGAAGGAUGCGGACUGCACUGAGGAGGAGAUGAGCGGCUCGUCUUCAUCACAAACACCUUCAUCUCCAUCAGCACUGAGAGCGUUACUGUAAAAGCCUCCGGCAGCAGCAUGUCCGGGAAACACUUUAAUGUGCAUGAAGUCGGCUGCUGUAUUAAAUACUUCAUCUUCGGAUUUAAUAUAAUAUUCUGGCUGCUGGGCGUGGCCUUCUUGUCUGUCGCUUUAUGGGCCUGGAGUGAGAAGGGUGUUCUGUCCAACAUCUCAUCCAUCACAGAUCUGGGUGGGUUUGACCCUGUGUGGUUGUUCCUGGUCGUGGGGACGGUGAUGUUUGUGCUCGGCUUCGCUGGUUGCAUCGGCGCCCUGAGAGAAAACUCGUUCCUGCUGAAGUUUUUUUCCGUGUUUUUGGGAAUCAUCUUCUUCCUGGAGCUAACCGCCGGAGUCCUGGCCUUCGUCUUUAAGGACUGGAUCAAAGAUCAGCUCAAGUUCUUCAUCAAUAACAACAUCCGAGCAUACCGAGACGACAUCGACCUGCAGAACCUCAUCGACUUCACGCAGGAAUAUUGGGAGUGCUGCGGCGCGUACGGACCUGAGGACUGGAACCUGAACAUCUACUUUAACUGCACUGACACCAACCUGAGCCGAGAGAGGUGUGGAGUUCCCUUCUCCUGCUGCACUAAAGACCCUGCUGAGGAUGUAAUAAACACUCAGUGUGGUUACGACAUCCGAGCUAAAGCUGACUCGGAGCAGAAGACCUUCAUCUACACUAAAGGCUGUGUACCGCAGUUUGAAAAAUGGCUGCAGGAGAAUCUGACAGUGGUGGCUGGAAUCUUCAUAGGAAUCGCCCUGCUGCAGAUUUUUGGGAUUUGUUUGGCUCAGAACCUGCUGAGUGACAUCGAGGCUGUGAGGGAAAGCUGUUUGUUCACUUGACCUGUUGAAGCCACCGUCGCCUCAGCGUCCUGUCGAGGGAAGAAGACUUUUCACUUUCAUUUUUAUUUCUAAAACACUUUAAAUUCCUCUCCGUGUGUCACUUUGUAAACCGUACCAUCGAGCCGCGUGCGAGUGUCUAAUUCCUCUAAUCCAGACAUCACUGCAGUUCCAGCACUGACCACAAGGCGUAGUGGUAGAGUCUGUAGUGUCACGCGUGUGAUGUAGAAGUUAAGAAAUAUUCCUUUUUAAAAAUGAACACGUGUGAGGUAAAAAAAAAUUUACACACCUCUGUCACUCAUCACAAUUAACUGACAUAACUAACUGUGUUUCAUUCGUUAAUUUUAAACUUUGCUAACAGCUAACGGAAGCUUAUGAAGACCAGCUAGCAUCAUGCUAACAGCGCAAAUUACCUCACACUUUUUUUUUUCCCCAUUUAUAAAAACAGCUGUAAUUUAGUCGAGAUUUUAACUUUUCAUGAAUUAGCAAACUUAAGUCUCGGAUUUCGGUAUCGUAAUGGUCAGACGAUUCCGCUAACUGUAAGCAACGUUAAAAGCUCCAUUUGAGGUAAAUAAAAAAAAAAGACUUGCAUAACUAAUUUAGUUCGCUAACUGAAUUUCUUUUUGUCUCUGUGACAUAAACCUCUGCUUUUCAUACUAGGAAGCUACAAUGAUGGCGCUUGUUUUAAGAUCAGAUAUGUAUAUUGUGUAUAAAUAGGUUAAUUUCAGAGCACUGCUUUUAUGUUUUUGUUUUUUGUGUGUUUUAAUUGCUAACUAAAUCUGUUCAAAGUGGCAGUAUAAGAAUUGCUGCAUGUGUACUGGAAUAAUAAUAAUAAUAUUAUUAUUAUUAUUAGCAUAAAUGCACCUAGUAUCAACAGCUAGCGCUUUAAGAUAAUUAUAAUGAUGAAAAUAUUCGACAGUGUGUCUCAUUUGUGUUUACAUUGUGUUUAAUAAGUCUGGAAAAUUAAUCCGGACUUCAUCGUAAAUUCAGACUUCUAAAUUUAACUGCAGUCUUUUGAUUACUUCUGGUAUGACUAGCGAUAGAGAUGCUAACUAUGCUAACGUGUUAAGCUGAAUAGCAGAAAUAAAGUUAGUUAUCUAUAAGAGCAAUUAAGUUUUUUUUUUUUUACUUGAAACUGAGGCCAUUUUUGUCGAAAAUUACAAGUGAUUCAUAAAUAAUUAGUGAACAUUUUUAAAUUUUAUAUCUUAAGUGUGUGAUUCGGUGCAUUAGCAUGAAAACACGUUUGGGCGCAAAAUCUAUUCAAACUGAAUAUUUUUAAAUAAAAAGCAUUGAUAGUAGGUGCCUUGUUGUUGUAGUUCUUUAGGUAUGUCAGUAUGAAUUUAAUAUUAUAGCUAUCGAAAUGUUCUGAAUCUUUUUCAUGCUAGCUGUAUGAGGGAGUAAUUUUGAACUUACUGGAUUUUCUGGGCUAUAAGAUGCAUCAUUGUUAUCGUCGUUGUUGUGGGGUUUAUUGGUAAAUUAGACAAAUAAGAUAUGUACACAUUAUAAAUAAGAUGUUAAAGCCCAUUAGUGUUAUCGUAACACACCUGUUUAUUAAGAUUAUGUUGAGGUUAAAUUGCACUACUGUUAGCUUGGUGCUAAUCGAAAAUAAAAUUGGUGGCAAAAUGCCCAUACCAGCAGGUGGGGAUUUAGUGUGGUGUCGUGUUUACUGUGGAGCAAGUUAUAGUCCAGAAAAUAUGGUAAAUUAGCGUAUCUAAGUAGAGCUGAGAGAGGCAUAUAGUUUUGCUUUUGACGCACAUUGGGAACACGAAUAUAAAUAACUGAAAGUGUUAAUGUUGUGUUUUUUAUAAGAAUGAAGUAAAUCUAACUCCAGCACUUGUGUUUAACAGGGUUUUUUCUCUUCAAAGGUUCUCAUUGCUUGUGUGUUGUUGUGGUUGAUGUGAUAUAAGUCUCUUCACAGUAUUGUGUUUAAGCGUAUAAGCUAUUCUCCUCCACCCGGUGAGUGGUGUGAACAAUAAAGUUUGAUAUGUUUUGGUAAAA